CAACUACCGUUCCUCCAAUCAGACAUCUCGGGGCUCACUUGUGGGGACUCUCUAUAAAAAGUGCGCGAUGGGGGAGAAACGGAUCAGUAGUGAGUCCCGUGAACGGUGUGAGGGAAGUUUUUAGUUGGUGGUGAUGGCGCCGCCUCGGAAUAGGUAACGGAAAGAAGUUUAGUGUGCAUUAUGGAAGACACCAUCGUUAUAUCAGACGACGAGGGGGAAGAACCGCGGGGGGCAUGGCUUCUGUCACAAAGUCCGGACUGUGACAUUAUUGAUUUGACAAUCAACCACACUACACUGGAGAACCUGCCAGAGCUGGACAACGGUGUUAUUGAUCUCACUGCUAAUGAAGAUGGUCUAGGAUUAAGUCCUGGAAAAUCACCCUUCAAGGAUGAGCCUUCAAACUCCGAUAGUAAUGGGGAUAUGUACUUUCCAUCUAACAGCUCCUCAGGAGUGAUCUCAGAAAAUGAGGAAGGGACCAGUGAGUUCAGCUGGAGAACAGACAGUGAAACAAACUCAAUAGAAAAUGGUUUACAGAAUAGAGAUGUUCCUACUUCGUGGAAAGACAAGUGCCUUGCAGAUGAAGUCAGCACAAAUUGCCUUGUAUCUAAAGCAGACAUUAAAGAACACUCAGAUUCUACUUUACAAGAGUGGCCUCCUUUACCCACUCCUGCUAGUGGUGAAAGCAGCUCAGACUUUGCAAUCGAAUCUCCAAAUCAGUUUGAUGCACGAUCCAUGCCCGCCCUGCCUACAGUAGAAGAAACUAAUAUGCAACAACCUCCAAUCAACAAAGCUUUACUUUAUAAACUGAGAUGUUUCAAGAAACCACCAGUCAGUCAUUUCUUCCAUAAACUAGAUAAGAGCAAGACUCAAAAGCCAAUACCUCAGAGUCGUAUGAGUAUUGUGAACAAUACAAGGGAAGAAAGCAUCCACCAGGGCACACUACAUUUCCUCUCCGAAUUUGUAACUGCUGAGCAUUACCCACCUAAAGACACUGUCAUGUAUGUCAUCCAGUCCAUACUGCUGGGAGAGGAGGAGCAGGCAAUCAAGCAUGAGGCUUACAUGAUCCUAAUGAAGAUGCAAAAGCUGCAUCCAGCUUCUGUGAAUACAGUGGCCUGGAACUGGAGUCUACUCUCUGGGGUGAUGGAAAGAAAGGAAACCCAUACUUACUACCUUUUCCUCCACUAUGUAGUACAGACACUGGAUGAUAACUAUCAAAAGCACCUGAAUCGAAGAAGCUUUCAGAAAAGCUUAUGUAAAGCAAUGCUGUCUUGUGACAAACCCAAUAUCAAGGAUGUAAUUGCCUGGCUUAUACAUGCUGUGGAAAAUGCCUGUGGUAUUGCGGUCGAUAGGGAAUUGGAUGCACCCUCUGAGUGUGAGCAAAGGGUGGUGUUCCUGUUACAGCGCAUGCUCACUAUUGCAGUGGAAGUAGAUGAUUUACCAGUAACAAACUCAAACAGGAUAGCAGAUCUCCUUUUUCCUUAUGUCAUUGUCUUAAAAACAAGGCAACAGAGGGAGCUAUUCUUCAGCAGCACAGAAAAUCACCUUCUACGAGCAAAGAUUUUGGAGCUUAUUUUCCUUAAUAGCUGCGAGUCUAUGCCUCCUCGAGACCUACCACUUUCUUUAUGCAAAAUUCUUCACUUCAUUGGCAAUUCCACACUGCUGCUGGAGAACCAGGGACCAGAAUGGCAGCGAUGGGAUGAAAUUUUGCAUCAUAUCGUUCUCCUGUUUCUUAGCCUGCAGAGGAUUACCACAGAACGCUUACGAACUCCAAUUACAGACCGUGCCGAUGAAAUCGUUCGGAGGCCACAAAUGAAAUUACAUUUCUAUGAGAGUGCCACAGAAACAGAUGUGGAGCAGUGCCUGUCACAAUUCUUGAGACGUGCUGCACUUGGAUCUGAUGUUCCUGCUGACAUUCACAAUCGAUUUUACAUGCUGAAGUCGUUGCUACUUACAACCAUUAAAAGACAAAUCUCAUGAAUUUUUCCCAUUACUUGGAUGCUUAAUAUGUAACCUCAAGGUUAACAACUUAAUCUUAUCCUACUGGACUAUUCAACAGUUACAUUUUAAAUGUUUUGUGUGUAGCUGGUUUCCGCACAAAUUCUUAGCACUUUAUGCAUGUAAAAAAAAAAUUCUUCCAUGAAUAGUGUGUGUGUGCUUGCUAAGUGAAAGUUUUUUUUUUUUAAUAAACUCCAAGAAUUUUUUUUUUUUUUUUUUAAAUGAUAAAGCAAAAAAGGUUUGCUUACCGCCUGAACCUGUCCAUGAUUAUAAUACAUUUUAUGGACUAUAUGUAACUUGCCAAUAUCCUUAUGCCAUAAAAUUAUUCAGUGUAUUUGUUUUAUGGAAAACUUACUAACCUAAUUUACAAGUGGCAUGGAAGAUGUAAAUAGUAUUGCUGUAAAUUAUUUUCUAAAGAACGUUUUAUAUAUUUAUGGCCAAGUCGCUCACAUUUUAAACUUUUACAUUUUAAAUUG